AUGGACUCGAUCAUACCGGCAGGCAUCAAGUUGGAGGAUUUAGAAGUGGUAUUGGCCAAGAAUGAGAAUGAAGUUGGAGACAACGUUUGUAAACAGAUCAGCGAGGCGCGCGAUGAAAUAUUACCGUUGCGAUUACAGUUCAAUGAGUUCAUACAGACGAUGGCAAACAUAGACCAGGAUGAACCCAAACAGCGGGACCGCAUGGCCAAAUACCUGGAUGUCAGGGACAAGAUCUUACAACUGAACGAUAGGUUCCAGACCUUAUCUUCCCAUUUAGAAGCAUUGCAACCUUUAUUCAGCACCGUUCCAGAAUACUUGAGAACUGCAGAUAACAAAGAUAGAAGCUUUCAGCUCCUGGAACCGUUGAGUAGUUACAACAGAAAUGGCACAGUUGCUGGCCCAGCAGCGGCUGUUGUGAACACGAAUCAUUCUACGGCAGCUUCGACGCCCACAACAUCCACCCCUCAUGCUAAUCCAAAUGCACAUGCCCAUUCGCUUUCCAAUCCGAAUCCCACUGCCACGGUGCAACAGAACCCUAUGGCGGGCAAGAGGGGUUCUAAGGGUGGUAGCAGUAUCGGAACUCCCAACAUACCUAAUAGCGCCGCAGCAGCUGCAACUACAGCUCCCAAGAAACCAAGAAAACCAAGACAAACCAAGAAGGCCAAGGCUCAGGCCCAAGCUCAGGCCCAAGCUCAGGCAUAUGCACAGCAAUCGGCUGUUCAAACACCAAUAACCGCGUCGAUGACUGCCGCGCUCCCCAACCCGACUCCCAAUAUGAUCAACAGCGUUUCGCCCACAAAUGUCAUGGGUACGCCACUAACCAACAUGAUGUCGCCCAUGGGAAACGCAUACCCAAUGGGGACCCAGAACCAGGGAGGACAGGUCCCUAUACCACAGUUCAAUAGCAAUGGCAACGGCCCCAAUCCGAAUCCAAGUACAAACUCCAAUAACACUCCGUUACAGUCACAAUUAAACCUAAACAAUAUAACCCCUGCAAAUAUCCUAAACAUGAGCAUGAAUAAUGACUUUCAGCAGCAGCAGCAGCAUCAGCAACAGCAGCAGCCUCAGCAACAGCAACAGUACAGUAUGAAUAUGGGCAUGAACAACAUGAAUACCAACGGCAAAGACCUGGAUUCUUUGGACCUGAACAAUUUGGAAUUAGGCGGUCUAAACAUGGAUUUCCUGUGA